GCCUCUUCUAUUAUUAGUUCUACUUUGUGGGAUGGACGUGUUGUUGUCGAUUCGCUUUGUUUACUCUUCUUAUUCACAAUUUAAACAAUAAAGGAAGAAAGGAAAAAAGUAUUGAGGGCAGUUUUUGUCAUGCGUGUAUAAUUACCCAAUUGUUUUUUCUAUUGUGCCAAACUUCAGAUCGACUCGUAAUUAAAUAAUUAUUUUAUUUUUUCUGUAAUCCAUCAGCUGAUUUUAUAGGAAUCUUCGGGACAAUGACGCUGUCACCAGUUGCUAAAACUGGAGUCCUAGUGACUUUCGGAGCUUUGUUCGCUUUAGCGGGUCUUCUACUUUACGUUCUAUUUCCAAAUAUAUUAAAAUGGCAAGUAGAAAAGAGAUUAAUAUUAUCUGAAGAGUCAGAGAUGUAUGAACAGUGGAAAGAACCAUCAUUACCUAUUUAUUUGGAAAUAUACUUGUUUAAUAUUACUAAUCCUGAAGAUGUAGAAGCUAAUAUUAGUAAACCAAUUGUUGAAGAAGUUGGACCAUUUUCAUUCAGGACUGCUGCUGUCGGAGCUCAUAAAAUGAACAACACAGUCAUUAACACUUUUAUGAGUGAAUUCUUUCAUCAUAUAAAUAGUACAGUAUUUAUUUCAAAAACGCCACGUGAAUUAUUAUUUGAUGGCUAUAACGACACAAUUCUUGCUGUUAUGAAAGAAAUGUUUCCACAACUAGUGCCUUUUACAAAAUUUGGGUGGUUUUACAAGAAAAAUGAAUCUGAUGGAAAUUUUACUUUUAAUAUCUUUACUGGUGAAAAAGGAAUUCAAAAUUAUGGAUCUGUAGAUAAUUGGAAUGGUGACAGUAAUGUUACAAUAUGGCAGACACCUUGCAAUCAAAUCGAUGGAUCAAUGGGAGAAAUGUGGCCCCCUUUCAGGAAAUCGAGAUAUGAAAAAUUGGAUUUAUUUAUUCCAGAUAUUUGCAGAAAAAUCUCACUGAAUUAUCUAUCAGAUGUAGAAUUGGAAGGGAUAGAAGCAUAUCGAUACAUAAUGGACCACACUACAUUUGAUAAUGGAAAAUAUGAUCCUACAAAUCGAUGUUACUGCAUUAAUGAUUGUCUUCCUGCUGGUGGAUUAGAUGUUUCCAUGUGCCAAAAAGGAGCACCUAUCGUAAUGUCAGCCCCUCACUUUUUAUAUGGUGAUGUAGCAUAUACUCAGUCUGUAAUGGGUUUGAAACCAGAUCCUCAACGUCAUUUAUUUCAUAUAGACUUACAACCGCAAAUGGGAGUACCUGUAAAUGUUGGAGCUAAAAUGCAAAUUAAUGUAAUUAUAGAAAAAAUAGAAGGAAUAAUGCAGUUUGCAAAUAUUACUGGAAGAACUUAUUUUCCUGCCUUGUGGUUUACUCAAAGUUUUACAAUAAAUGAACCUCUUAUAAAGAAACUACAAAUGGUAACUCAAGAUAUACCAUACUAUGUUAACGUUGGUUCAUUUCUGUCAAUAUGUGUGGGUGUAGUAGCACUCUUAUGUGCAAUUGCUUUCUCUUGUCAAGUUCUUAGGAAAAAGAAAGAGAAGAAAGGUGUCUACAAAGCCAUCAGAGUUGUAAAGUCGUAA